AAAUAUGAGUGAAUAUUGGUACCACCCAGAUAUGAGCCAGGCAUGUGCAGAACAGUUACUGCUUCAUGAUGGGAGGGAUGGUGCGUUUCUUGUGCGUCCUAGUGAGUCUGUUCGUGGAGCAUUUGCAAUCUGUGUCCUGUACAAACAACAGGUUCACACUUACCGUGUUUUACCGGAGGAAAAUGGCAUGCUUUCUGUGCAGUCUGUGCAGGGCUUUGAGGUGAAGAGGUUCCCAGGGCUCAGUGCACUGGUGGCUGGCUAUAAAAACAAACAGAAUGGGAUGAUCACGUCAUUACAGUAUCCUGUCAGAUGGGACGGAGGUGGCAGCGAUGCACAUAUUGACGAAGAAGAUCCUACGACCCACUGGGAUACUUUAUCCUUUCCACACAGCACACAUCGAGAAGAAGACAGACAAGACCUGAAAGUGAAAGAUCUGGGUCUAUAUUCACUGACUCCAACAUUAGAGAUGGAAUGCAGGAUGUUGGACAGGCAGAUUGAAGUCACUUUGCAUAGCCUGAAAAUUCUCACCCAAGUAUUUGGACAUAUUUCCUCGGUUCUACAUCCUGAAGAUGAUAAGGUAUUUUCCGUGGACAAACUGAUCUAUAAGGCGUUAGCUGUGCAGGAUACCAUGGGUGUUAUAGAGAGCAAGGCAGUUCAUGUGUAUCAAGACUUUGUCUCAACCUUCUCCGCAUCUCCCAUCUCACAUCCUUACGACAGUCCUAAAAUGGCAAUGACAAGUCCAAAUCAAAAGAUGGCACUCAAUGACAAGAGUCAACCAAGAAUAAGCGCUCCUCAGAAGAUAUCUGUGUUUCUUGGCACUUGGAAUAUGGGUAACUCUCCUCCCCCUCGAACCAUCUCCUCCUGGUUGUCUUGCACGGGGUCAGGAAGGACAAUGGAUGACACUAAUCUCUGUGUAGCACAUGAUCUUUAUGUGAUUGGGACUCAGGAGAACCCACAGGGAGAUCGAGAGUGGAAUGACUUUCUCAAAGCAGCUUUAUUAUCCCACACUGGAAAACAGUAUACCUUGGCCAGUGCACAGUCACUUGGAGGAGUUAAACUUGUUCUCAUGGUAAAACAAGAAUAUAAGAACAUGAUCUCUCAUGUGCAGACAUCGAAUGUAAGAACUAGAAUAAGCGACGCUUUGGGUAACAGAGGAGCUGUUGGUAUAUCUUUUGACUUUAAUGGCACACCCUUGGGAUUUGUGACAUGUCAUCUCGUAUCAGGCAGUGAGAAAAUCCAGAAGAGAAAUCAGAGUUGUGGGGACAUUCUACGCUCUCUGACUCUUGGAGAUGAGUCUUUAAGAUGUUUCCAGCUGCCUUUGAGACUAAAAUAUCUCUUUUGGAUGGGAGACUUAAACUACAAAAUAAAUAUGCCUGUACAGGAUGUUCUUCAAUCUGUAUAUCGUGAACAAUACAAUCUUCUUCUUCCUGUGGAUCAACUGAAUCAAGAGCGGGAGAGGAAGAAAGUCUUCCUGGGAUUCAAGGAGGAGCCAGUCACCUUUCCACCCACGUGUCGCUAUGAGAGAGGCUCCCGCACAUACGACUUGCAAAAAGCCAAGACUACUGGAACUCGAAUAUUUGCCCCAUCUUGGAGUGAUCGCAUUCUGUGGACCUCGUACCCAGACACUGAUGUCAAGUGUUCUUCAUAUGGUUGCACAGAUGACAUCGUAACCAGUGAUCACUCCCCUGUGUUCGCCACAUUUGACAUUGGACUCAAUAGUCAGGUUCAGAAAGGUUUAAGCUGUACACUCCGUUUCCAGAGCAUUGAGGUUAUCAUAAAAACUCAUCACCGUUCCAGAGCAUGUAUCGAGUUUAGAUCUUUGUGUCUACGAGGGUCACCACAAAGUACCCCGAACAGUGUACUUUGCACCGAAGGCUCUGCAUUUCUGAAACUUGGAUGGACAAUUGUAGAUUUGCCAGAGCUCACACUGAUUGGCCAGGAUCCAAAUGCUGACCCUACAGGACAUCUACUGCUCAGCAUCAAACCAGCAGAUGGUGGAGAGUCCUAUGGAGAGUGCUCUUUGUCUGUGCGUGCCCUUUGUAACAGUUGGGAAAACCACUUCGAAGCAUUUUUGUCACAAAGGGGAGAGGAGACUGGAUCUCUUCGUGGCCGGUUAAGUGAAAUAAACAUCUCUGAAGUCAACCUGGAGAAGAAUCUUAAGUCAAUGCAUGGAGAAGCUGAGAAGAUAAAUGAUAAUUCAUCAAAUAACACACAUACAACUGAUUUCUCUUUUGAAACUCCUACCGUGCAACCUCUCAAACAUUUAAGAAGACGACGACCUGCUAGCAUAUGUGUCGCUGGCAGCUACAGCAAUGCUGAGUAUUUUCUUUUUGAAUCUAUCCAGUCCCCACACACCCCAACCUCCCCCCGGCCUCGCUCAGCACAUGUGAGCGGAGAACAUGAAGUGAGCACUGAACACAAUGCCAGAAGAGAAUUCAUACAGAGUCACGGUGCACCUAGAAGCAAAAGACCAAGCAGCAAAUAUUGAGAACAUCAGUUAUUCUGACGCUGAGCGAUGGAGCAAUAUGGUCCUAGAAGAAUUAUGGGUUACUGCACCAAUUCAUCACGACCACUGGAUGGCAGCACUAUGCAGAAGUUCUCUGAUUUCUGUACAAUUUUUGAUGCACACAAUUCUGUAUUGUUAUUAUGCCUGUAUUAUUUCACAAUAAAACUGAUUGUUUUUUAAA